UUGCGCAUCCUUCUCGCUGCUCACAGAGCGUUCCGGGGCCAAACGAGCCGGGUCGGAGCUGCUGAGCCGCCGAAUGCCAGACGCCAUGCCUGUAUCGGAUCCGCGGGGAGAUGCAGGCCGGUGGGCCAACGUCAGCUACCGGGUACGCCAGCCAAAUGCUGCAGAACCGGCGCCCAGGAGGAGGAAACAAAACUGGUUCCACAAAUUCUGCCGGUGCUGCGCAGGCCAGCGGGAUGACAGUGACUGGACACCGGCGCCUGGCGAGAUCCCGGGGGCCCGGCGAACAGAUCCCGUCAUCCGGGAAGGCAUGCUGGUCAUCAAAAAGAUUGAUUUAAUGAGUGGCCGUAUGGGCGCCAACCGCCGUGCCCACCACACCGAUGAGUAUGAGUAUGACAACCUCAUCAUCCGCCGCGGGCAGCCCUUCGACAUGAAGCUCCAUUUCCAACAGCCUUACGAUUCCGACGACCACCGCGUCUGCCUUGAGUUCCUAAUCGGCCCCAACCCACAACCCUCAAAGGGCACUCACAUUCUGGUCCCCGUCGGGGGUUCCUCGCCUGGCAUGGGCUGGUCAGCGGAAAUGACCAGCUCGGACGACAACACCAUGUCUAUCCGAGUCUGCCCCUCGCCCAGAGCAGUGAUUGGCAAGUACCAGUUCAGCGUGAAGACCCGAAGCAAGGCUGGCGAGUACGCUGCCCCCUUCGACCCCAACAACGAGGUGUACAUUCUCUUCAACCCCUGGUGCGCAGAGGAUUCGGUCCACAUGCCACAAAGUGACUGCCUAAAGGAGUAUGUGCUGAACGAAACAGGGAGGAUUUAUUAUGGGACGGAAAGUCAGAUCGGGGAGCGAACAUGGAACUACGCGCAGUUUGACCAAGGAAUCCUGGAUGCUUGUUUGUUCAUGCUGGAUAAGCGGGGGAUGCCUCAUGCGAGCCGGGCAGAUCCGAUCAUGGUUUCCCGUGUCGUCUCAGCCAUGGUGAACUCUCUAGACGACAACGGUGUUCUGGUGGGAAACUGGACCGGGGACUACUCCCGUGGCACCAACCCUUCAGCCUGGGUGGGCAGCCGAGACAUCCUUCUGAAGUACCACCGUACCGGUUACCCCGUCCUCUACGGGCAGUGCUGGGUGUUUGCAGGCGUCGUGACUUCAGUCCUGCGGUGCCUGGGCAUUGCCACCCGGACUGUCACCAAUUACAACUCAGCCCAUGACACGGACGUCAGCCUCACCAUGGACAUCUACUUUGAUGAGAAUAUGAAGCCCCUGGAGCACCUCAACGCCGACUCUGUGUGGAAUUUCCACGUCUGGAACGACUGCUGGAUGAAGCGACCAGAUCUGCCUUCAGGGUUCGAUGGGUGGCAAGUGGUAGACGCAACCCCUCAGGAGUCCAGCAGUGGGAUCUUCUGCUGUGGGCCCUGCUCUGUGGAGGCCAUCAAGAACGGUCUGGUCUACAUGAAAUACGAUGCUUCCUUCUGCUUUGCCGAGGUGAACAGCGACAAGGUGUAUUGGCAACGCCAAGCCGACGGCACCUUCAAGAUCGUCUACGUAGAAGAAAAAGCCAUCGGCCACCUCAUUAGCACCAAAGCCGUGGGGUCCCAUCAACGGCAAGACAUCACCAGCCUUUACAAGCACCCCGAAGGAUCGGAAGCUGAGCGCAAAGCAGUAGAAACUGCCGCCAAGCACGGCACCAAGGCCCACAUCUACACCAACAAAGAGUGGGGAGAAGACAUCUCGGUGACGGUCGACACCCAAGAAGCCUACACUGGACAGGACAUCUCCUUGAGGGUCAUCCUGAAGAACCGGAGUUCGAUGCCUCGCAACGUCUCUCUCAAUCUCUUUGUGGCAGUCAUGUAUUACACGGGAGUCACUGGCAGCAAUUUUAAACAGGAGCAGCGGCAGGUCCAGAUUCCUGCAGGAGGAGCUCAACAGGUUCCGAUGGUCAUCUCCUAUCCUGAGUACAAGCCCCAUCUGGUGGACCAAGGAGCCAUGAAGCUCAGCAUCUCCGGGAAAGUAACUGAAACCGGACAGGUCAUCGCGAAGGAGCAUACUUUCCGUCUUCGCACCCCGGAUCUCACCCUGACGCUGCUGGGUCCGGCCAUCGUUGGACAAGAGACUCAAGUCCAGAUUGUCUUCAAGAACCCCCUCCCUGUGACUUUGACCAACGCCACUUUCCACAUAGAAGGAUCCGGACUUUCAACCCCCAACACGAUGACCGUCGGGGAUAUCGGCCCGCAUCAAACUGUUCGACUCUGCCAGAACUUCACCCCGCUGCGUGCCGGACGUCGCCAGUUGGUUGCCAGCCUGGACAGCCCACAGCUCUCUCAGGUCCAUGGCGUGUUGACCAUUGACGUGGCCCAGAAUCCUCCGCGGGGACCGUCGGCCUCUCCAGCACCUACCCGGGGUUCUCCUGCCCGGGGUCGUGGCUCCCCUGGCCGUACACGAGGCUCCCCCGCAGCUACUUGAAGCUCCCCUGCGGUCACUCGGGCCUCCCCUGGAAGGCAGCCCGCCAACCACAGCACCCCAGCCAAUGCCAACGCCAACGCCAAUGCCAACACAAAUGCGCGUGGAACCCCCAGCCGCCAGCCCAAUCCCGGAGGAGCGCCCAAUGCUCACGGGGCAGCUGCCGCCUCCAGGCCAGGGCCCACAGGGCGGCCCGUUUGAGCCAGCUCUUAGCCCCGGUGCCAAGUGUGAUGUGACAACACAGCACAACUGGGUGAUGAAGAGGGGGGGCCCUUGCCCGAGCCACGGAACCACAGUGGGGUGUGCCGAGCCCACAGGGCCGGUGAACAAAAUGUAUCUCCUGGGGGUGAACGUCAAGAGACAUCUUCAUCUGCCAAUUUCUCUUUUCUUCAUUUUUGUUCCUCUCCAUCGUU